CGACAUGAUGUUUUGCAUCUGAAAUUUGAACCAGGCUUGGUCCGGUUUAGAGUUUAGGCAAUGAAUUUGAUCCCGGCUUGGUUCGGUUUACGUGGUGGUAUGGUAUUGUAAUCUUUGCAGAGCAAAUCGCCAAAAUCUGCGCCGCCGUUGUUUCCGUCCGUCUACUUUUGGCGUCAGCCACCGGAAGCGUCGGUUCUCUUCAAACGAGAGAGAGAGAGAGAGAGAGAGAGAGAGAGAGGUUUUGAGAAGCUUCAGAAAAUUCAUCGGAAGAUUUUAUCUGAGGCAAAACAUUUCUCUCAAAGAUGGCGUUUUUGGCACUAUCCCGUGUUUCACGACGGUUACUGAAACCAUCCGUCUCGGCAACUCCAUCUUCUUCGUUUUCUGUUUUCCAAUCUCAACAACACAUAUACCACUCCAAACAUGUUGAUGUUACCACUACCCAUUACAUCAACCCUUUCUCAAAGUAUCCUUUACAGAAUCAUAACUGUCAAGUAUGGUGUAAAGGCACGGAAUCGCAUCAGGAAAGGUUUCUCUAUAGAUUAGUUGCUGGAAUGUCAUCGUCGUCUUCGAUUAUGGAGGGAAAUCCUAAGAAAGGUGAUGACAAGGAGAAGAGUGGUGUUGGUGUGAAGGAAGCUUCUUGGAUAGAUUUGUAUUUGCCAGAAGGAGCUAGAGGUUAUGCUAAGCUUGCUCGACUGGAUAAACCUAUCGGAACUUGGUUGCUUGCUUGGCCCUGUAUGUGGUCAAUUGCGUUGGCUGCUGAUCCUGGAAGCCUUCCAAGUUUGAAAAUGAUGGGUUUAUUUGGUUGCGGAGCACUACUUCUUAGAGGUGCGGGCUGUACUAUAAAUGAUCUGCUUGAUCUGGACAUAGAUACAAAGGUUGAUCGAACAAGGUUGAGACCUAUUGCUAGUGGUCUCUUGACGCCAUCUCAAGGGAUUCUGUUUCUUGGGCUACAGUUGCUUUUAGGCUUAGGGAUUCUUCUCCAGCUUAAUAAUUACAGCCGUGUUUUAGGGGCAUCAUCUUUGUUACUUGUCUUCUCCUACCCACUUAUGAAGAGGUUUACAUUUUGGCCUCAAGCAUUUUUAGGUUUGACCAUAAACUGGGGAGCACUGUUAGGAUGGGCUGCAGUUAAAGGAAGCAUACAGCCAUCUGUUGUACUCCCUCUUUAUCUCUCAGGAGUCUGCUGGACCCUUGUCUAUGAUACUAUUUAUGCACAUCAGGACAAAGAAGAUGAUGUGAAGGUUGGUGUGAAGUCAACGGCUCUUAGAUUCGGUGAUAAUACAAAGCUUUGGCUAGCUGGAUUUGGUACAGCAUCCAUGGGGUUUCUUGCACUUUCUGGACUGAGUGCAGAUCUCGGUUGGCAAUACUACGCAUCACUGGUCGCUGCAUCGGGACAGUUAGGAUGGCAAAUAGGGACAGCUGACUUAUCAUCUGGCGCUGACUGCAGUAGAAAAUUUGUGUCAAACAAGUGGUUUGGUGCUAUUAUAUUUAGUGGCGUUGUACUUGGAAGAACUUUUCAAUAGAGAGAAAGCUCGGUCUCUCUCUCUCUCUCGCUUAUAACGAAUUCGGAAGAAGACUGGAAAAUGCUUAUUAAAGAUUUUCGGUAAUCGGAUCUGAAAUGUCCAAUAGUAAUAAUGAUAAUAUAUGUUGGAAUGGUGAAUGCUCUAGAGCCAAUGUUGUUAUUAUGAUUCAAGUCUACAAUGCUCUAGUUUCUAAUAAUGAGAUAAACUAUUCAAAAUGGAUCUUGGGUUUUCUGAAUUAAUGAGCAGUUUGCAUCUUCUGUAUACAUUUAUCAGUUUAGCUAGAUUCACCUAAAUCUACACUGUGACUGGAU